AGUCUCGUUCAGCCGUUCGCGUAGUCGCACAACGGCAGUCGUACACGUUCAACGCUCGUUCCGCACGUCACGCGCGCCACCACGGUCUCUGUUUGUUAAAAAUUCUCGCGCGCGCGUGUGUCUCCUUACGCCGCCGCCGCAGCCGUGUGUUCUCGCCGCGCCACACACAUGACACCGUUUGUCCGUGCGUUGAUCGCGUGUUCGUCGUCGCCGCAUUCGUCGUAGUGUUCAUUUCGUUUACCCGUACGCAACAAUAUUACAAUAUUUUUUUUCAUUUUUUCGUUAUUUUUUCGUUUUUACGGUCCAAAGGGAUUUCCGUUCAAUUUUUCGUGUGACUUUCGCGUGGAUGACACCGCUGAACUGACCAGGUCGCGCAGCAGUUGCCGACGACAUCGCACCGCCGCCGCCGCACCACCGCGGGCGGACACAGUCGCGCGCGCCCGUCGCCCGCGUUCUUCACCACGCACGGUAAAUACCCGACGAUAAUUGACAAUAAUCCGUACCCGCAGUCGCGUCGCCGACCGCACACGACCACUGCAACGAUAAAUAAAAUGCUAAUGGACGCCGAAAUUAAAAACUGUUCCGGCCUGUUGGCUGGCGGAGUUCACCACGCUUCCGCACACAUGGGCCACACGUACGGUAAUCUCAACCAGAUGGGCAUGUUGGCCGGUAUCGGGUCCGCGGGCGUCGUACUCGGCGGACCGCAGGGUGGUGGACAGCAGCCGCUGUCGUCGCCUCCGCCUUCGCAACAGCAACAGCAGCAACAACAACAGCAACAGUCUGCGCUGCACCAACAGCAGCAGCAACAGCAGCAACAACAGCAGCAGCAGCAACAACAGCAACAGCAACAACAGCAGCACCAUCAACACAUGCAGGCCGCGCACCACCAUCACCAGGUAGGCGGACACGUCGUCGGCGGUCAGCUGCAGCUGCCGUCCCCGAACAACAACAACUCGUCGUCGGCCAACAAGAACCAGAACGUGGACCGCGUCAAGCGGCCAAUGAACGCGUUCAUGGUGUGGUCGCGUGGACAGCGCCGCAAGAUGGCCCAGGAGAACCCGAAGAUGCACAACUCGGAGAUCAGCAAGAGGCUGGGUAGCGAGUGGAAGAUGCUGACCGAGACAGAGAAACGGCCGUUCAUCGACGAGGCUAAGCGAUUGCGCGCCGUGCACAUGAAAGAACACCCGGACUACAAGUACCGGCCAAGGCGCAAGACAAAGACUUUGAUGAAGAAGGAAAAGUAUCCGUUACCGGGAGGUGGAGGCCCACUAUCCUUGGGAGGUGCUGGCGGACAGCCGUGCGACAACUCCGUUGGCGGCCGGAACGCCGUUGCUCAGGUAUCGGGCGUAACGCAGCAGCAGCUUAACAACAGCCGGGAUCUGUACCACCAGAUGAACGGUUACAUGCCCAACGGCGGAUUUGGCAUGCACCACGACCCUAAUCCGUACGCGCAACAGCCGUCACCGUAUGCAUCUCACAUGGCCGCCGCGUCUCAGGCCGCCGCGAGUUACCGGUACGACAUGCCGCAGAUGAACAACAACGCGGCAGCGGCCGCGUCCAUGCACUACUUGAACGGCAGCUACAACCUGUACUCGGACAUGAACCAGUACCAACAGGGGCCGCCGUCCACGUCGCACAGCCCGGACAGCAUCAAGUCCGAGAGGAUCUCGCCACCCGUCCAGUCGGGCGGACACUCGCCCAGUCCUAGGCUGUGCCAGCAACAGCAGUUGCACCAGCAGCAACAGCAACAACAGCAGCAACAGCAACAGCAGCAGCUGGGUGGCAACGAUCUGCUACGCAUGUACAUGCCGCUCGAGUCCAGGCUGUCGGCUGCCGCCCAGGGACACCAACAGCCCGGCGGUCACAGCCACCCGUAUCUGUCGCACAGCCAGCAACAGAACCUCGUGCAGCAGACCCACCCGCACUCCAUGUCGCCCGAUCUCCAGAUGGGCCACUUGGGCCAUCACAUGUAAGCGACGCGUCGGCCAGCCAGCCAGCCAACCGUUUACAUGCCGCCGCCGCAGCUUCCUCCGCAUCGCCGUCGACAUCAUUCUCCUCAACGUCCACGAGCGCCGACUGCACGGACAGCCCACGAAGGACAGCGCCGCGCGCUCAUGUAAGCCAUAUAAAAAAAACCAAAAACGAUAAAAAAUUUUUAAAAAAAAAUUAUUAAAAACUUAUUAUAUACAUUUAACCGGCGCAAACGGCGGGCAAACAUUGGUCUUGUUCCGCGAUCUUUUUCCCGCCGUUGAUGAUUUUUUUUUUUUAUAAAUAACAUUGUCAUAAUAACGAUUAACAUAACUUUUUAAUGUGUUAUACUUGCCCAAGUCGCAAGUAGUAGAUGUGUCAGAAUAAUGACGAUUAUUUUUUUCCUACCUUUUUUUUAAAUUUAUAAUUUUGAUUAUUUUUCAAUUAAUUGUUUUUGAAAAACAUAAAUGCGUGUCGGCCGCCUGAACCAUAAUAUUUAUCAUAAAAAAACCAAUGUUUUCGAAAUUUGUAAAAAAAAAAAAAAUGAAAAAAUAACUCCGCUUAACGAAAAAAAAAAAUAAUUAAAAACCGAUGACAUUUUCGUCUAGUCUCCUGUGUAAUAAUUGAUAAUAAUAUUUUCCCGUUAUUGUUAUUAUGUGCAAAGACGUGUCGAAAAUUAACGUGCAUAAUAAUAUUAUAUUAUGCGUGUAUUGCGAUAUUUAAUAGUACGCGUGAUUCUUCCCCAUCACCCGCCGCGGGAACAAUUUUGAUUCGAACGCACACGAAACGACUCUUUUAUGUAUCUAUACAUUUGCUUUGUACAUAAAAGUGUAUUUUUUUUUCUUGACAAAAAGAAAACAAUUUAAAUAAAACGCUAUACCACCGUCCCCCGCGUACACCUUUAAAAAUAUAUUUACAUUAGGUGUAAUAUAUUAAUAUUAUUAUAAUAUUAUGUGAAAAAUGCGCGCAAGUGAACAAUAAUUAUUAUUUAUAGGUACCUAAUUAAUACCUACAUAGUGUUUCGGCCGAGUCUGCGGCGCGGAGCCGUCCGAGAUUGUGCCAUAAACUUAAAAUCGAAAAUAAAAACGCACACACACACACAUACACGUCAUACAAAAAUUUGUAAUUUGUAAUGUUCAAAAACGAGAAAAAGCUCGCUACCUCUCCAUAUAUCGAAAUCCGUCCUACCCGCCGAAUUCCUCCUCACGACAACAUCACCGUAGUAGUAUUUCAUAUAAUAAUAUUAUAUUAUGAUCGCACGUCAAUUAAAAUGUCGUAUACAUACUUUCCAGUGUGUGUGUGUACAAUACAUGUACACAACAACAAUAAAUUUACGAAAACACACAACCUUCUUUGGCGGUGCAAGCCCCGUCAAAAUAUCCAUAGAUAUUUUAUUAUAAUAUAUAAAUUAUAAGGACUCACCGCUCGCUAUAAUUGCGGCGUGUACUACAUUCAUAACACUAUAAUAUCGUUAGGUAUAUAUUAUUAUAUUAUAUUGUAUGCGAUAACAUCGACGGUCAGACAACACGCACACAGACUUACGGCGCGUAAUCCGGUAAAACAAACGGAAUAAUAAAAUAGAAAAAAACCGAAUAAAACACGAUAAUAAUAAUAAUAAAAAUGAAAAAAAAACUGGUUACCCGUCAUCCUCUCCUCUGGUCGACGCCGCCGCUGACGCCCGGGGUGAGAGAGAGAGAGACGCAGAACGAAUAAUGUGUAAAUGUAUACCUCUAUAUAUACAUUAUAUUAUUAUUAUUAUUAUUAUUAUUAUGGAUAAUAUGUUGUAUUCAAUUAGUGAUGUGUUUUAUUACUUUAUUUUUUUUCCCCGAUUUUCAAACGAGAUCGUUAGACGCGGGGCGUGGAAGGUGUCUCUUACACGCAAACACAAAACAAACCGCCUUAAACCGCGGCGAUUUGUUGUCAAACACAUCGGCCGGCGAACUCGAUUGUUAACCCGUGUAAGUGAUGGGUAUCGAAGUCGUCGUCGUCGUAUCACCUGUUCGAGCGUCAUUUCGCGGCCGUCCGACGGCAUUUUUCCACAAAAAGUCUCUCACUGCACACGUCGCCUUCCGAUUCUUUUCCGUCGCAAGACGAUAAAAACGCGUGUGCUCUCGUCGCGUUUGUCCGUUUCGUGUUUGUCAUUUUCGUUCCGACAAAAUUACUGCUGAAAUACCCGACAAGAUCGGCUGGUCCCGAGACGGCGAGACGCCUCUGUAUAAAAUAUAAUAUAAUACUAUUUACAAUUUAUUAUCGUCCAUUAAUUCCCAUCAUCCAAAACCACCUGGCUAAUAUCCGAUUUCAUCUGCAACGACGACGAUCGUAUUUUUUUUUUCAUUCUCGCCGUUUACACAAGUUCGCAUAAUAUUAUUAUUAUGCCGUACCUACCACCCGAAUAAUAAUAACAUUAAUGGUUUUAAUAGAGCAAUAAUAAUUAUGAUAUAAUAUUAUUUUUACGUUGGCUGCCGACACUCCGUCGGUACACACAGCCUGCGAAAGAGAAUAAUAUUAUAUUGUUGUUUCGUUUCAAAUUUUUUUCCAUCAUCUCUAUUUUUACCAUUAUUGUUAUUAAACUAUAGUCUUAUACGUCCCAAGUUUUCGGUUAUCUCUGCGCUUAUCGACAAUAAUGUUUGCGUCUAAUCUAGCGUUGUAUUUUAUGGCGCAAGUACCUAUAUAAUAUACUGCAGACGUAUUAAUCUUAUAAACUCGGUACCAGCGAUUUUAUACGCGCGGUUGCCGCCGUACGAGAAUCGCUAUUACCGAGCGUUAUAUUAUGGUGUUUUUGAAAUUCCAAUAUUAUUGUUGAUAGGUACAGGUAUAAGAUACACGAAAACCGAUUUUAAAAGUACUCGCCGCAACCACCACCCUCGGAGGUCCCAUAUAACCACCACCCGUCAUGAUCCGAUACAAGACCAUUAUUAUAAUUUUUUUUCUGUUUUUCCGAUUUAUAUAAUACGAUUCCAUCUAACCCGUUGGUUUUUCUUUUUUUUUUCUUUUUGUGUUCCCGCCCUGAACGUGUAGACGUUAAGUAUAUCGUUGUCCAUAUCAUAAUAGGUAGAACGAUAUACUUAAAGUCCACGGUUCAGUCAAUCGUACGAUAUGCUCGUUGCAGUGAUCAUUCACUCGCGGGCUGAUUGGCCGCGGAGAGCGAAAAAAGAAAAAAACCACAAAAACCAAACACACAAUAUAACUUAAUAAUAGGUACUAGGUAGGAAUACCUAACCUAACCUAACCUAACCUACCCUAGGAUACCUAACGCAAAAUUAUGACGUGCGAUCGAUAGAACAUCACCAACAUAAUAUUAUUGUAACGUGAUCCAGUCGUGUUUCUUUGUUUUUUUUUGUUUUUAUUGAGUUUUUAUUAUAAUAGCGUACACGUCCACCGUGCCGACGUUUAUUGAAAUUUUUUCUAUAGUUGUAUUUUUACUCUGUUCACAAUAACUUAGUGUGAUGUAUUAUUAUUAUUUUUACUAGAAUGUCGUUCGUUCUUAUA